ACCAUUUCUUGUUUGGAAAAAGGGUCGAGCCACUCAGCCUCCUUCAAUCCCACCACCAAACCUAUUCUUCUUUCUCUUUCACUACAACCCUUCUUAAAUCAGUGUUCUGGUCGUGGUUCUCUCUCGUCGAGCCCUCCUUCCCCUUCAGUGGAGCCUCGGUUCUCUUUCGUUGAGCUUUCGUAGGUCGCGCAUUGAAACCCUAAUUUUCCCUCAUUCGAACCAUCAUUGUGCGGCCUUGGUACCGUGGUUAAUUGAUACUUUUCGUGCUUGCGUUUUGAUUUCCGCAAUGACCUCCAAAGGUCUUAGAUCGAAGAUUGAUCACGAGAGUAGAGCCAAACUGCAAAAGGUUUCAUUUAAUUUGCUUGAGAAGUACUUGGAAGCACACUCAAAGGCCUCCAUGUGGGAAAAUGAGCUCCUGGAUGUAGGCUACCAGCCUUUGAGCAUCCAAAUUCCCUACACAAUGCCUGUGAAGAAUGUGGUUUCUUGGAAUUCAAUAAUCUGGUGCCUUGUUCAAGAAGGGCUUUACACGGAAGCUAUGGAACUUUUCCACAGAAUGUGUAUUUCAGAUAUGAUUCCUGACAAUGUUGGAGCAAUCAUGUCCAUAAAAAAUUUCAACAACCUCUUCAACAAUAGUCAUCAAAGAAUAGGAGUUGCACUAUAUGGCAUUAUCUGGCUCCAAGUUUUAUUUGGUCUUUCUCGACCACAAAGAGCUUGCUCUGUCAUGGAGAAAGGUGCAAGCAGGAAACAGAGAGAAGGAAAGGAAAAGUGCAAGAGAUUCCAUCAGGCAUGAAAAAGGUCUUUCACCCAAUAAUUUUUGUGCAGCAUUUGCAGAGCUAGCAGCAAUUGUUUGAGAGUUUCUUUCUGUAUAGUGCUUGAUUAUAUUUUAGAUGUAAAUUAUAGUUUAGUUAAUAUUAAACUCUAUAUUGUACAAGGGCCAGUUUGUUUCGAACUUUAU